AUGUCCGAAAAGCCUAAAAGGACGUCCCAUCUCAUCGGUGGUUUUGUAGGAGGUUUGACAUCUGCCGUUGCCCUACAACCAUUCGAUUUGCUGAAAACCCGACUGCAACAGAAUAAGAACUCAACACUACUCAAUGUUAUGCGUGGCAUCGGGUCACCUAGUCAGCUAUGGAAAGGCACAGUGCCCUCUGCUCUUCGAACCUCGGUGGGCAGUGCCCUUUUUCUGUCGACCCUGAACUUGGUGAGAACAACGAUAGCAGAGAGAAGAGUCUUUGGGAAUAAGCAUAAUUCAAAGAAUAGCAGCUUUUUGCCCCAGCUGACUAUGUAUGAGAAUUUACUAUCAGGAGCGGUUACGAGAGCCGUCGUUGGGGUCGCCACGAUGCCCAUCACAGUGCUGAAAGUGAGAUUUGAGUCCACAAUGUACAAUUACCAAUCGAUGACCGAAGCUGCAAAGCACAUAUUCCGCUCUGAGGGCACUCGCGGGUUUUUCAGCGGGUGCAAUGCUACAAUUCUCAGAGACGCGCCCUAUGCAGGACUCUACGUUCUGUUUUACGAGCAGUUCAAGCUUCAGUUGCCACGACUCUUACCGUCGCAGCUGAUAACGCGAGAUGGGAAAGGCAUGUUCUCUUCUAAGACAUCCACAAUUGUAAAUUGCCUCGCAGCGUUUGGUGCCGCCAGUGUCGCUACAACUAUUACCGCACCCUUUGACACUAUCAAGACGAGAAUGCAAUUGAAUCCGGUACAAUACUCAGGAUUUCUACAAACGCUUUCUUCUAUCAUAAAAAAUGAACGGCCAAAAAAUCUCUUUGAUGGAUUAAGUCUUAGACUAGGCAGAAAGGCGCUUAGCGCCGGUAUUGCAUGGGGUAUCUACGAGGAGUUAAUCAAAAAGUUCGCAUAA